CCCCUUCCCCUCCCCCCGGGCCGACGCGGAAACGCCCGGCUUCCCCCGGCUUCCCGGCCCGGCCGGGGCCCCCUGCUCUUCCCCCUGUCUGGGUACCCCCCUUGGGCGGGGCAGGGCCGGCCGGGGAGGGGGCGCGGGGCCUUUGUUAGGGAGCCAGGCCCCAGCCCCCGGGACAAUAGAGACACCCUCCCGGACUCCUGUGCCCGGUCGGGCCGGGCCGCCGGCAGGCUGGGAAAGAGAGGGGCCGGGACGCGUCCCACUCUGCCCACUCUCUGGGGGUCGGUCCGGCCCGGCCCGGCGCCGGCCUCGGGCGGCUCGGCUCUCCUCCCCCCAGUCGGUAUGAUGCAGCAGUGCCGCAGGGACGGGGGAAGAGCCGAGGCCGGGCCUCCUACCCUGCCCAGUGCCCCUGGCUCGUUUGUCAGUCCCCACCCCACUGUGGGCCGGCAGCCCCUUAAACUCGUACCCACCGUUCGGAGGGGCCCCGGACUGUGGGCGCUGUUUCUGAAUCCUUUGGUGGGGGCUGCUGGACUUUGGGGCUCUUGGAGAGACUUCCGGGCAGGUCCUGAGGGAGGGAGGGUGGCUCUCGGAAAGAAGAACAGCCGUGUUGCCGCCCGCUGUGCUAUGAGCAGUCAGAGCGCCGUCUCCACAAGAGUUUACAAAUGAAAAUGGAGGACAUGUCUUUGUCUGGCCUGGAUAACAGCAAACUAGAGGCCAUCGCUCAGGAGCUAUACGCGGACCUGGUCGAGGAUUCUUGCUUGGGAUUCUGCUUCGAGGUGCACCGGGCUGUCAAGUGCGGCUACUUCUUCCUGGACGACACGGACCCCGAUAGCAUGAAGGAUUUUGAGAUCGUGGACCAGCCGGGGUUGGACAUCUUUGGACAGGUUUUCAACCAGUGGAAGAGCAAGGAGUGUGUUUGCCCCAAUUGCAGCCGCAGCAUAGCUGCCUCCCGCUUUGCUCCCCAUCUGGAGAAGUGCCUAGGAAUGGGUCGGAACAGCAGCCGAAUCGCCAACCGCCGGAUUGCCAAUAGCAACAACAUGAACAAGUCUGAGAGUGACCAAGAGGAUAACGAUGACAUCAACGACAAUGACUGGUCCUAUGGCUCGGAGAAGAAAGCCAAGAAGAGAAAAUCAGACAAGCUAUGGUAUCUCCCAUUCCAGAACCCCAAUUCCCCUCGAAGAUCCAAGUCUUUAAAACACAAAAAUGGGUUCUCUGUCUGUACCUCUGCAUCAAACACCCUUCCCCUUCUUUUUUCUUCUUCAGGGGAACUUAGCAAUUCGGAUCCUUUCAAGUAUAACAACUCAACUGGGAUCAGCUAUGAGACCCUGGGGCCGGAGGAGCUGCGUAGCCUGCUCACCACGCAAUGUGGGGUGAUUUCUGAACACACCAAGAAGAUGUGCACGAGGUCCCUGCGCUGCCCCCAGCACACGGACGAGCAGAGGCGAACCGUGCGGAUUUACUUCCUCGGGCCCUCAGCCGUCCUGCCUGAGGUCGAGAGCUCCCUGGAUAAUGACAGCUUUGACAUGACUGACAGCCAGGCCCUGAUCAGCCGGCUCCAGUGGGACGGCUCCUCGGAUCUCUCACCCUCUGAUUCAGGCUCCUCCAAGACGAGUGAAAAUCAGGGAUGGGGUCUAGGCACCAACAGCUCGGAGUCUCGGAAAACCAAGAAAAAGAAAUCCCAUCUGAGCCUGGUAGGGACUGCCUCUGGCCUGGGCUCCAACAAAAAGAAGAAGCCAAAGCCACCGGCGCCCCCAACGCCCAGCAUCUACGAUGACAUCAACUGACUCGGGUGCAAGGGAUAGCCUUUGGCUGAAAAGAGCCCUCUCUCCUGACCCCCACCCAGGUGGCAAAGCCUGGCAAACGGACAGCUGCUGGGGGUUUGGGCUUGGGAAGCUUGGUGGGCCAGGCAGGCGGAGGACCCAGUUAUGCACCCCUGGGGGGUGUCAGGGUCUUCUGCAAUGGAGCACGACUCCUCGGCGUGCGGGACUCAGACCUGGACAUAUUAUGCCUUGGACAUAAGUUUGGUGGGGAGGCGGUUUUCCUAUUUAUUCUGUGAGUUACUGGAUGUCCAGCUAGGCCAGGGGCCUGACCUGGGCACUGUGCCAGGGCACUGCCUGCCCCCCACCCCAGGAACUGGACUAAGCCCUGCCGAGGGGCAUCAUGGCUACCCGGAGGCUGUGGGUUGGAAGCUGAGCCUGGAGGGGCCUCCCCCGGGCUGCCCUCAGCAAUGUGAACGGGUCUGGUGCUUGGAGCUGAGGGGCAGGGCUGGGCAUGUCCUGUCUGUGUGCAGAAUCCUAUCAGAUGCCCCCAGUCCCCGGGGGCAGCAGGCAGAGUGCUGUCUGCUGAGUGGGCGUCCAGACCCUCACAGGGGCAGCCCUUUCCCUCAGUCCCCGUGGGCCCCCCUGGCAGCAGGCGCUGUCCUCUUGUUGGGUGCCAGGAAAGGGCCCCCAGCCUCUCAGCUUCAAGGAACGGGAGAGGGGAGGGCAGGACGAGGGAGCUGUGUGUAUCAAAAUUACUCCCCCUGCCUUUCCUCCCUGACCCAGGGCUGGCGAGGAGUGGGCCCCAAGGUGAGAGGGAACGGUGCUGCUUUAUUUGACAUGUUUUCUUACCUCAUUCCCUGCCCCAGGAAGGGGCCCAGCCUCACCCUCCUGGGGUGGCCCCACGGUCCUCCUGCCCACCCUGCCCUGCUGGGGCAGCCCGAGUUCCCGACUGCUGCUGCCACCCGUCACCUUGACCAGCUUCGGUUCCUCUCAGCGCUCCUCCCUCCAGAGCCUGCCCCGUUCCCCCUCCCUUCGCCGCUUUUAAGUUAUUUAUUCUGUACUUGUGGUCUGGGGCUCUGAGGAAAACCUGACUCUGUGCCUCUCCCCCUUUGCUAGGAGUGGGGUGGGAAGCGACGGUGGCCUUCGCACCCUGGGCUGUCAGUGGAGGGCGAGAGGGCAUCACGGCCCCUCUGGGACUGUCGUGCCAGUGUGCCCACCUGCCUGGUCUACAUCCUCGAGAGAUGUACCACCCCACCUCCACGCGAGCACCACCACUCCCGGGAGCCACGCUGAGGACUGCAGUCUGGGCGAGGAGCAGAGCUGGCUGGCCCCGAGCCGAGUCCUCCGCCCUCCUCCCAGGAGGAGCCAUCCCCUAGCUUGGGUAGCGAGUACCCAGGACUGGUUGGACUGACUGGGGUUAGGGACCCUAGAGGGUUAAGAGAGCAACAGAGCAAGGGCUUGCCAUGCCCUGUCUGGAACUCCAAUCUCCCCCUGGGGUGGUUCUGAUUGUGGCUGAUGCCUGGUUACAGAUUCGUUUUUAACCCAAGAAUUGUGAUUAUUUUUUAAAGAGCCAAACACACUUUGGCAGGAGACAGAAUAAAUCCUGGGGCCCCGGCUCCUCUGUUCUUGGCCCUGCUCAGCCUUCUCCCCACAUGGGGAAGCCAGAGGAAAAGGAGCAUCUCCGCUUCCCGCAGAGCCUUGGCCGUGGGCGGGAAGGCCAAGGGCCACUCUCCCUUCUGGGAGGCAGCUGCAGUUCAGGCCCUAAUACACCCUUUCCCUCCUGGCCUCCCCCUUCCCCCCCUUCUGGUUGGAGAAGGGAGAAGGGGGGAGUAGCUUGGGAACUGGUUUGUCCACAUCCACGUCCCCAUUGUUCCUUGGCCCACCCUCAGGGCCGAGCCCCCUGCCCAGGCUGGGUGAGAUGGGCUUGGUCCAGCAGGAACCCUGAGGGAGCAGGCGAACCCCUUUUUUGGGGAGAGUGCCCCCUACCAUGUAGUUAAGCAGGGGCUCGGGGCUCCCCACUUCCCUCCCUCGAACAGCAGGCUGUGUGGGUUUCGGUUCCCAUCCUUCCCAGCCCGGCUAGGUGUCGUCCGCCCUGUAUCCUAUCAUGUGUCUGAGUGUGUGGGGGGUUCUGUACUAAUUCCCGGGGCCGGUGGCUUUUCCUUCCAUGCAUCACUCCCCCCCGCAUGCCCAGGGGCCGCCCGCCUGGCAUUACCGCAUGCUGGGGUCGUUGGGGGAGGGGGGUGGGGCUCACGCUGUCCUGUGGUCUUGAGAUUUUUAUUUUUGCAUAUGUAAUCCAUCCUGUACAGGUAGCUAACUUUGUAAACGCUGUGUACUCCCUCUGCCCCCAUGGCUGCUGGUGUAAAUAAACUGCAUCUCCCGUUGGUA